GCUCACGGGAUCUCACCUCUCGUGAGUUAAUAAAAACUUCACAAGAGGGCGCACUGCAAGUGUACAGAGAAAAAUCGUCUGCAUCGUCGCGUCGAAGUGUGGAUCUGUUGAAAAUUGUUGACAAGUUAGACAAGAUGAAAUCUCUGAUAGCAGCAUUGUUACUGCUGCUUGGAGUCACUGCAUCGGUGGAAGCCUCCCACAACGGCCUAGCAUUGACCCCGCCCUUGGGAUGGAAUUCAUGGGAGAGGUUCCGUUGUAAUCUUGACUGCGACGUAGACCCCGAGAAUUGUGUCAGUGAGCGACUGUACGCAGAGAUGGCAAAGGUCAUAGCUACCGAGGGCUACAAGGAGGCGGGUUAUGAAUACGUCUGCAUGGACGACUGCUGGAUGUCCACUGCGCGGGAUGCCCAGGGAAGACUCCAACCAGACCCUAAGAGGUUCCCUAGCGGACUGAAGAAUCUAACUGACUAUAUCCAUUCACUGGGGCUGAAGUUCGGACUGUACCAAUCCAUGGGCCUUUACACCUGCCAGAAGUAUCCUGGCAUUUGGGGCCACAUUGACAUAGAUGCCCAGACCUAUGCUGAGUGGGGCAUAGACUUGGUCAAGAUGGAUACCUGCUAUAAUCUGGGCAAGGAGCAAAUGGCUGAAGGAUAUAUAAAUAUGUCAAAGGCCCUUAACAGCAGUGGAAGACCCAUUCUCUUCUCAUGUGAGUGGGCCCAUGAAUCUGCGCCCAACUUUACCCAGAUUGCGGAGUACUGCAACUCCUUCCGAGACUAUGCGGACAUCCAAGACAGUUGGGUUCAGAUCUUAAAAAUCGUGGACUGGUUCGCUGAGAAUCAGGCCGUGCUCUACAAUGCUUCCGGACCAGGGGGCUACAACGAUGCUGACUUUAUCAUAGCUGGAGAUUUCUCCCUGAGUACAACUCAAGCCAAGUCCCAGUUUGCCCUGUAUACAAUGAUCACGUCUCAACUCUUCCUGUCCAGUGACCUUCGAACUCUUGACCCCGAGGCCAAAGCCAUCGUCCUGAAUCCCGAGAUCUUAGCGGUCAAUCAGGACAAGCUGGGCAAGAUGGGCCAGCGCAUUUACAAGGACUCUUCGUUCGAAAUCUGGACUAAAGAGCUUGUCGGCAACUCCUACGCGGCAGUAUUUUUCAGCCGGGCGAUCGACAUGCCCCACAACCGCACCACCACCAUGAAAGCCCUCGGCUUCCCAGACGCGAGCGGGUACUCCGUACGCGAUCUGUUCGCCCGGAAAGAUCUGGGAUUCUUUGAGCCGGAGAAAAUAUUGAGUGUUAUCGUUGAUCCCAGUGGUGUUGUGGUGAUCAAAGCAACACCAAAGACGAAGGUGAAGAAAGGUUUCCAUGGGAACAAUAACAAAUCAGUUAUCAAACAUUAGUACAGCGCUUUAUCAGAGGUCAAAACCAAACGUCUUUCUUACAAGUAAAAUGUGGACAUUGUUUAUACUAGUUUUAUUUCAUCAGGGUAGCCUUGUUUAUUAUGACUGCACCCUGUAAAACAGAGUGUGUCUCAAAGGAAAUAUUUCCAUUUUGCAUUUGUGAAUUGCAACUUACAAAGUUGUCCACAAGUUAGUAUUAUAGAAUCGUUACCAACAGUGAAACCAUUGAACCUUAUCUGUUGGAAAACAGAGGCAUAACCAGGGGUACAGAGUGGCAGAUUCCAACAGCCUAGAGAUUUUAGUGGCGAAAUCUGGAUGCUGAUAGAAGCAUUUUAGGAUGCCGAAAUCAGCCUCGCGAAAAAAUCCUGUGUACAUCGACAAAUUUGCAGGAUAAUAGCGCCACCUGUUGUCUAAUAAGGUUCAUGAUUGUCCACUUUUAACAUUGCCCCUAUCACAACCUGGUUCCCCCCCCCCCCCC